CAUAUGGUUUACCUCAUGUACGUAGGUGGCGAUGGUCUCAAUUAAACGUUACUCGAUACUCCAUAAUCAUGCUCGGACGCAAGAGGAGGAUAAUGCUGUUGUCAAUGCUGACGAUCAUGACAUGGACAGUAUGAACAACGUAAAUGCAGAAACACCAAACAUUGUCGCCAUGGUAUCUGGUUUUCCAGAGCAAGUGGUUGACAAUGGCCAUACUGCCGGGAAUCCUUCUCUGGCACUACACGGACAAAAUCUCAGCAGCAUUAUGUCAGAUGGCAACCGCCCGUCAUCGCUUCAAGACGUGGUCCCAGUUCAACUGCCAAGAAUCGUCACCGUCGUAUCUGGUGCGCCGGAACAAACGGUUGAUUCUUGUUAUACCGCCUCUGAUCCUUCUCUAGUAUUACGAACACAAAAUCUCAGCACAAUUAUUCCCGACGGCAACCGACCAUCACAGCUCCAGACUGUCACUUCCUUUAAAAUGCCAAAAAUCGUCGCCGUCGUAUCUAGUGCGCCGGAGCAAACACUCAAUCGUAGCGUAACCGCUGUUCCGUCUUCUCUGGGACCUAAUAAUAAUACUGCUAUGUACAACGACAACCGACUAUCUAUUUCAUCGAACUCUGGUUCUGGUCAUACAUCCGUUGAUCCAUUCAUGGUGCUACGCCAAUCAAAUCUCGUCGCCUUUUUGCCGGACAGUAACCAAGCAUCUACGUCAUCACUCCCGUAUAUCAACCCAUUGGAAACUUUACUUAACAGUAAAGUGGAGCAAGAUGAGACCGUUAUUGUCGAAGAAAUACAAGAUUGCGAUUCGGCGGUUGUAAUGAAGCAAGGAUCAAUAAUGGAAGAAUUGAUUGAAGGCAUUUCCGAUGAAGAGAACAUAUCACCAAACACAUCAGUGAAAAGAUCGGUAGCAGAGGAAGAUGUAAAACUCACCAAAAGCGAAAAACGUCACGCAUCGACAGAGAUGAAAUUUCGUACUUUCAGUGUGAAUUGGACGAAAAUCGGUGACAAUAUUAUUGGGCAGUUGAAUCGUUUGCAAGAGUUUCGAGACCAAAAUCCCGACAAAAGUAUUCCUCGCGGUGUUCAGUUCCCCAAAUCUGAUAUGACCACUUUGACGAAUAAUAUCGUCGAUCAAAUGCGUUGCAUUGAUACCGAAAUAUCAGCGUGUACGAUGGAAUCAGUUGCACGGCAAGUUCACUCGAAAUACUCGGGUCUAAAUUUCAUAGACGAUGAUGGAUGCAUUAAUCAUAAUAGUCAUGUUGCAUUGAAGCAUAAACUUAUCAACCGAAAUUCUUACUUGAACCGUUUCAAGGAUCCGGAUGCGAAGCUUUCAGUCGCCGAGGUUCGUAGGAAAAAUGUGAAAGCCGGCACACUCAAAGAGUAUUGGACGGCGGUUUCUAAAGACUGUUCCAAGGACAUCGUAGGGAAACUUGUCAGAAACGAUCCGAAAGUAUUGAACGAUGAGUUUCUCUCAGUCUCUCAGUCAUACGUGCGAUUUCGGUUGGAUGAACCAAAGAACCUUAAGGAUAUUGUUACUGGUCUUCCCAUUCUUCGCCGACGACAACUUAUAAGCUACCAUUUCGAGAAAGCAACAGGCGUGCCUAUGGACACAUUCGAGAAGCUAUUUGUGGGUAAACGAACGAAAAUUGUUGACUUUUUGAAAAGUCGACCAAAAAUCGGACUGGAUCAUACACCUUCGGACUACGACAUCAUUGCGUCAUUGUGCUCUUUGCUCGGGGAAAAUGUCAACGAACUCAUCAUUCAGAAAGAACUUGGAACAAAGGCAUCAGAAAUAACAACAGACUGUGUCGGGCCGGUGCUUGUUUGUGUCGAUCUUGGCAAUAAUGGCCACGUAUUCUACGUAUUUGCGGAACAAGUUCGCCUCACGGGGUCGAACGACGUCAUCACCGCGGUUGGUGAGUUGUUGGCGGUGCAUUACAUUUAUAAUUUGAUGUAUAUGAAAUGCACCUCCAAGUUUUUGGAGUUGGUGCAAUCCUACUUCUUCAAAAUUAUUCCGAUAACAGGAUCUAAGUCCAAGGCAACUAGAAAAAGCAAACAACAGCGUCUGGUUCAGAGCGUCAUUGAAGCGAUUUCGAACCAUGUGCCGGCCGCAUCAUAGAUGGUUAGUUAAGCUUCUCAUACGUUAGACGUAAAAUGAAUUCUAACAUUUUCCGAACUUGAGAGAUUACUAUUAGUUACAGCAGAGAUUAUUAUUUAACACGUUUCAUUAUAAUACACGUCAAUUAGUAAAACAACCACAACUGUUUUUUAAAAUAUAAACGAUAGCAAAACCGAUACAUAUAAUAGUUUUAGUUUUUAAUUAUUAUCCA